AAGGUUAAUUAAGUGAUAUUUUAUUAAAUCUUAACAAUUAUGACUUAUACUGGUCGCGAAGCAACUCCGGGAACGAUCUUGACUAUUAUUUCUUUUGGUUUACUUUUAAUAGUAAACCUUAUAACGCCAAUCAUCAAAACAUUACAUUUCGUAAAAAUAUUACGGAAGAGUACUUCUGAAGAAUUAACAAUUGGAUUAUGGGGAUAUUGCGCACAAAAUAGUGGCGAAUCAAAAAGAUGUACAUCACCAAAAAUAGGGUUUGCUUUUGAUGCGAGCACUUCACUAAAUCCUAAUUUGGCUCCUGACUUACCUGGUGCUGUGAACAUAGCAUUAAGCUAUUUGACCGUGGUUCAUAUAGUUGGUAAGCUUUAAUGAUCAUUAAUUGUCGACUCUCUUGAGAAAAAAUAACAAAAAAAAUAAUUUACAUAUGUAUAGCAUUAAUUACAUUAUCUAUCGUAACGUGCGUUGGUGCAUUUGCGCAUACGCGCAAAAAUCGAGAUAGAGGCCUCAUAAGAGUAGCAGCACAGAGUUCUGCUCUUGCUUUUGUUUUCGUUCUUUUUGCGUUUAUAGUAGAUUUUAUCUUGUUUAAUAAUGGAAUUGUUAAACCUAUAAACAAUAAAGCUGGAU